AUGGAAGUUGAUUUGAGCAAAGAAAAGAAGUUUAGCAAUCCCAUCCCCAUUAAGGAGAUAUUCAAGGCUGAUGAUGGUAGGAAAAGGAGUAAGAAAGAAGAGAAAAAGCAAGAAGAAGAGACUGAGAUUGAGCUUGAAUCUGAAUCAGAAUCAAAUUCUGAAAUAGAAUCAGACAUCCCAAUAAGCAAGUUGAAAGAGAGAAUUUCUAAGAUAGAUGAAGGGGAAAGCUCUAAGAAAAAAGAGAAAAUGAAGCUGAAAAUGUCAGAUUUUGUGAAAAUAAGUAAAGCAAAUCUGGACAUGAUGAAGGAAAUCAAAGAAAUGAGUGGACUGACCUUGAGUAUUUUAGAAAAAUCUCAUGAAUUACAGAAGGGAAUUAUGGCUGAACAAAAUGCAAAGAUGGAUAUGUUGAUUAAUAGAUUGGAUAGACAAGAAUGGUUCAUGAAGAAGAUGGCUCAAAUGCUGUUUGGUGAAUCUUUUGGAAAGCAAAAUUGUUCAAGACAAGAAGAGGAGAAGGAAGAUGCUGACAAACAGAAAGAAGAGCAGUCACAAGACCCAUCAUCUGCUCAACCAAACCCUGUUCCUACUGCCUCUCAAACAGUACCUGAAUCAACCAUCUCUUUACCCAUGCAAUACAGCCCUAGAAGAACCAAAGCACAAGCCAGAAAAUCAGUUCUACCCAUUCCUCCAAAAAUACAAGUAACCAUACCUGAAAAAGAACCCCCAAGGAAGAAAAAACAAGCCAAACUUGUUGAUCCCACUCACCUUAGGAGAAGUGAUAGGAUUCUUAGCAACAAAGAUAAACCUUGA